AUGGCUUUGCUCAUCCAGCUGUUCAUUUGUGCCACAUUCAUUUCAUUUACUGAGGGAUUCGAACAUGAGGAUAUGACGCAAGCUAUGCUCCAAAAACUUGGACUAACGGAAAUGCCCAGGAUUCAGAAGCGAGACUUGGAAAAUCUGGUCAUCCCAGCUCACAUCAAGAAUAAAUAUCUGUCCAUGCUGAAACUGCAUCAUAAGAGGAAGAGAAGAUCUCUGCCAAGUUUGGCAGGAAUUCUAAGAGGCAUCCAUGGGAGUGCAGAUAUAACAGGAGAAGUAAAGUACUCUGACACAACUCGUCAGCGUCUUGUGUUUGACAUGGAGACGAGGAUACAGGAAAACACUGAAGUUACUAUGGCCGAACUAAAACUGUACCAAACAGCUGUGCAAACCCCAUCUAAACCUGAGCGAAGGCACCACAGACCCAUUAACAAUGCAAGAGUGAGCAUCUACUGGGUGGAAGUGUUGGAAAACGGCUCUAAUAGAACAUCUCUUGUAGACUCCAGAUUAAUUCCUAUUCAUGAAACUGGUUGGAGGAGCUUUGAUGUGACUCAAGCGAUUCAUUACUGGUCUAAAUCGCAAAAAAAGAAGACACCUUUGCAUCUAGAGGUUUGGACCGAGGGAAUGAGACCAGGGAGCUAUGCAGCUGAAAUGGCCAAGAGAGUGCGCUUUGCAACACAAGCUCCAAAGGAGAACACCCUAGAGAAGGACAUGGAUGCACCAGAACUUGUGUUCUACACCUUAAACUUGGAUGAAUAUGGAUCGCCGGGUAACUGCAACUCCAGCCCAAACGGCAGCAAGUGCUGUCGGGAAGAGCACUACAUAAACUUCCGUGAGCUCACCUGGACGCAGUAUUGGAUCAUCGAACCGGCCGGGUACCAGGCGUUCCGCUGCGCCGGAGGAUGCAAGCAGCCCAAGCGUGGUUUCUAUGGUUACGGACAGAGGAUAUGCGCGGCGACGGAGAGCGCACCACUGCCCAUGAUGUACCUGGUGAAAAAGGGAGAUUACACGGAAAUCGAGGUGGCAGAGUUUCCGAACAUGAUUGUUGAGAAGUGUGGAUGCUCCACGGACACAAUCCCUCACUUAUGA